GCCUAGAUGUUGUUUGUAGAGUUUUGGAACGCUGGCUUCGGCAUGGGUAGCCUAGGCGUUGGUGUUGAACUUGUGUACCUGCUUCAGCGUGAAUAGCUUAGGCGUUGGUGUAGAACUUGUAUACCUGCUUCGGCGUGGAUAGCCUAGGCAUUGUUGUAGAACUUGUAUACCUGCUUCGGCGUGGAUAGCCUAGGCGUUGGUGUAGAAUUUGUAUACAUGCUUCGGCGUGGAUAGCCUAGGCAUUGGUGUAGAAUUUGUAUACCUACUUCGGCGUGGAUAGCCUAGGCGUUGGUGUAGCACCUGUAUUUUGAACUAGAGGUCCCUGGCUGAAAUAGUACUGCCACUGGGGAUUUUUGAAUUUUUGACUUUGUACAGGCUAGUAUAGGAUAGCCUCUGAAUUUUGAUUUUCGCACGGGCUAGUAUAGAAUAGCCCCCAGUUUAGAAUUUUGACACUUUGUACUCUGCUUGAUUUAGUAUGCCUCGUCAUACACGGAGGAAGCUCGCCGAAUCUUCGGUGGUUCGAGCUGCUGAGGAGGACGCUUCGGACGAUGAAGCGGCUGCGGUAAAUGCGCCGGAUGGGGGUAUGAUUCCCCGGAGAGCACCCACUUUUUUUGGUACUGGCUGGAGUCCUUCCGAUCUGGCAUUUCGACUGGAGUUUCACUUGUCUCAGCGGCCUCGCGCUGGCUUGGCCGAUGGAGAGCCGUUUCGCACCUUCUGGUCCUUGGCGGAGCUUCAGAAGGCCUUUACAGAGGAGGCUAUGGAAAUCUGGUUGCAGACGGGCCUGGUUGACUUCUGGCGUGCCAUGGGAGGUACUUCGAGGAGAACGGGGAUCAAACCCCGGCUAUGGGCUUUGCUAGAGCGGUGGUGGGAUACCACCAACACUUUCCAUAUGGCAUGGGGGGAGACCACCAUUACCCCUUUUGAGUUUGCCAAGAUUACGGGUCUUCCUUUUUCUGAGAGGAAUGUGACCUUUGAUUCGGAGCUGAAGUGGCGCUCGGCCGCUGCCAGGGACUUGCUCGGCCCUGUUGUUGACUUGCCAGAGGACGACACCCACGCUUCCGUGACGGUGAUUGUGGAUGCUAUCCGUGGUGUGGGUGUGUCAGCGGAGCAGAGGGUUAGGCUAUUCCUCUUAGCUUUGGUGAGUAGGGUGGUGGCCCCGAGCAGGAACAGUCGGGUGCACAUUAGAUUCCUGUCGGUUUUGCAGGACUUGAGAGCUGUUUCGAGCUACAACUGGGGUGGUUUGGCCUAUAGCCACCUCUUGUACGAGAUGAAGUGGGCCUCCCGGACUGCGCCGGAGAGCGAGCCGAGCAUGGCUGCUCUUUGGAGUGUGCUGGAGGUAUUCUUUGGAGUGUGCUGGAGGUAUUGAAGACUCCUUGUACUUUGUGCCUUGUACUUGUAUGUUUGAAUUUGAACUUGACUGAUGUUUUGCUUGCUUUUUUGAACGAUUUGGAUAUGUGAGCACUUUCCGACUUUGGCGCCGGAUCGUACUGGAGAUGCGGCUUACCCGUAUGCUGCCUCUUGGAUAGGAGCGGUGCGCAGGAGGGUGCCUCUGGCGGCCUCCCACAGAGCUUGGAGAGAUCUACCUGUUGAUUAGGUGGUGUGGCGUCCUUUUGCUAACACGCCUGUACCUGCUUAGACUGCUCGCGCCCAUUUCUUGUCUGGACGGCGGGUUUUGCUCCCAGGGGUGUAUCGCCACAUGUGGUAUCUGGGGGAGCGAGUGUCCCUUCAGCACAGUUCGGGGAAUAGGUUUGUCCCCAAGGACCCACCGGAGUCCAUGCUGGCGCCGGAUGAAGAGCUUGCCCGACUCUAUGUGAAUGCUAGGGGUGAUGCUGUUUGCCUCUCUUGGAGGGACUUUGUACAAAGGAAGGGUAGCUAUGACGACUUCCUGAGGAGGCUGGCUCCACCCCGGUGAGCUUUCGAACUUUGUAUCUUGUAGUCUUGUAUUCUUGGAUGAUUGUGUGAUUGUAUGUAGGAGGAGGAGGUUGAUCCUGAGGACAUUCCCCAUGCUGAUAGGGUCCUCCGCUAUGAGAACUCGGACAGGGAACAGGUGGAGGUGACCAUUCCUGUAGCUUCUCCUCCGCACCGGAGAUCGUAUGAUGCUGUACCUGAGCAUUAUGCCGCUGCGCCUCGGGUGAGAGUGCGUCGCUGGAUGCUCUUGAUUGAUUCCUGGAAGAGGUAUUGUGUCAAACUGACCUAGAAGCUUUCUGGCCGGGACAGAGAGGAGCGCCGUCGAGGCCGCAGAGGUUCCGUUGAUAGGGAGCCUUAGGUGGAGACUUCCUCGAGGCAGGAGGGACCGAGCUUGGACCUAGGACAGGGGUCCGGUGCUGGUACUCGUCAGAGGCAUUCGGAUGCUGAUCGGGGAGCUGCCCUUUUUGUACAUGCUGAUCCUACCAGGCAUUCGUUUGGAGAUGCAAGCAGUUCGAGGCCAUUUGUUCCUCCUCCCGGUUACUACUUUGGAGGGAGUGGUCCUCAGCCUUGGGGUGCGGAUUCAUGGGCUUACUGGUCGGAGAUGGAUAGGAUGCGCCAGGCUCAGAUGUUUGCGCCGUACCAGUUCAUGGCGAUGCCGCCGCCUUAUCAGUAUCCUUCUCCUCAGCAGGGAGUUCAUCCCUCUCCUGGCACUCUUCGUAUCUCGGAGCAGGAUCCUGGUACCCCUAGGACAGAGCUGGAUCGGGAUCUGGAGCGCCUUAGGAGGUGAAACAGGGACAAGGAGCCUGUGGUUGAUGUUACUUGUCCCUGGAUCAACCACAUGACUCGGACUGACCCUGCAUGGUAGCAAGUUCCAGCUUGCCUGGGUUGAUUUUGUAUAGGCUGGGUUGUAUUUGUACGUAUUUGUACGGUUUGAAACUUGAAUUUGUA